AGGCGGCGGCUGUAAGACAAUCGAAGAAGGUCUUUGGUUUUCGUUUCCUGGUGGUCUUGUAAUAAUUUACACAAAAGAGAACCCCAACCCUAACUUUUCCUUACCGUCUCCUCCCACCGCAUAAUCUCACGAUGGAGUUCAAUGCCGCCGACUUUGAAAGGCUUGUGAUGUUCGAGCAUACUCGCAAAGCUUGUGAGGCUCAGUACGUCAAGGAUCCUCUCGAUUCCGAGAAUCUGCUGCAGUGGGGUGGAGCAUUGCUUGAGCUUGCUCAGUUCCAGGCUAUUCCCGAUGCCAAGCUCAUGUUAGAUGAUGCUGUUUCAAAGUUGGAAGAGGUGUUGACAAUAAAUCCAGGGAAGCAUCAGGCUCUUUGGUGUAUUGGCAACGCCUACACCGCCCACGCCUUCCUUACUCCUGAUCCCGAUGCUGCCAAACUUCACUUCGAUAAAGCCACUGAUUUUUUCCAAAAAGCUGAAAAUGAGGAUCCAGGUAAUGAGAUGUACCUCAAGUCCUUGGAAGUUACAGCAAGGGCCCCGGCGCUGCAUAUGAACAUACAUGCGGAUGGGAUGAUGAUGCAGCAGUCAUUAGGUGGAGGUGGUGGUGGAGGAGGAGGGGGUCCCUCAGCUUCAUCAAAUGCUGGCGGUGGUAAGAAGAAGAAUAAGAAGGUUAACAACGACUUCACUUACGAUGUAUGUGGUUGGAUCAUUCUCGCUUGUGGGAUUGUUGCUUGGGUUGGCAUGGCUAAAUCCCUUGGCCCUCCUCCUCCUGCUAGAUAAUGUAGCCCUACAUUAAGAAAUAAUGUCGACUAGUUCACGUUUUCCAAACAGAGUGGUCCUAAGCCCUGUGACUAUGGUUUUGUUUUGCUUCCUGUACACGUCCAUCAAAUCGUUUUGUUACUUUAUCUUAGGAUGUCUUUUUUUCUCUAUAAUCGAUAUAUUCGAUUUCCUCUA